AUGAACAAUGUGUUGGAUCUUGUUUUAUCAUCUAAUCCUGUUGUUCACAAUGUAAUUGUUAAGCCUUCUCUCUGUGGUUCUGACCAUGCCAGUGUUCAUUUCGAUCUUUCAAUACCCAUUGAUACUUCCUGUGUGGAUUCCCAUUUUGACUACAUGGGCGGUGAUUACUUGGCCAUGUCUUCCGCUUUAGACACUAUUGAUUGGUGGACAUUACUUGAUGCCACUUCGAUCAAUGAUGCCUAUCAACGAUUUAUUGAUUUGAUGCAUGACUUGCUCUCGCGAUUUGUCCCGUACAAAAAGAAAAUGAGUAGACCUUGCGAUUAUCCUUUGCACAUCAAGAACUUGAUUGAACAAAGAAACAGGUUGUUCUGUACAUCUCGAAAUCCCCUAGCCUCUGCAAUGUAUAAGCACAUUACUAAAGAGUUAUCCAGGCACUUAGCUAGGUUUAGUGCUUAUAAACAGAGGAGGCUAACAAUGAUGAAUACUGCUUCUUUGUUCAGAUAUGCUCGUUCAUUUCUUAAAGAACCAGCGAAGGUGCAGAUAUUGCGGGAUGACCAAGGAAAUGUCAUCAAGACAGAUCAAGAGAAAGCUGAGCAUCUAGGGCGCUACUUUGCGUCGGUUUUCCGAGCUCCAUCGAAUCCCCCCGACAACAAUGACUCUCAAUACGACAUCAGAUCAUGCCACUCCUGUCUUUCUCGAAUUUCACAGGUGCUUCCUUGGGAGAUUGUGGGCAUUUUGAGAAAGCUCAAAUCAUCCACGUUUUUGACAACUGAUGGCAUCCCCCAGAUUGUAUUUAAAAGAUGCGCCAACCAAUUGGCUACUCCUGUCUCUAUUCUAAUCAAUCUCUCCUUGAGCAGUGGAGAGCUCCCAGAUGUAUGGAAGCAAGGAAAAGUCGUACCCAUACCUAAGGUUCAGAGUCCAUGUAAGGUUACCGAGUUUCGGCCGAUAUCCAUCAAUUCUGUUGUUUGUAAAGUUGCCGAGAAGAUUGUUAGAAGGAAGUUGUUGGCAUUUUGUGCACAAAACCAUCUCAUUCCAGUUGAACAGUUUGGGUUUAUCGAAGGCUCUUCGACCACCCUUCAAUUAUUGGUCUGUGAACAUCACUGGAAAAAAGCUUUAUCUCAAAAUCGAUUUACCGAUGUUCUUUAUUUUGAUCUGUCUAAAGCCUUUGACAGAGUAGACAUUCCCAAACUGCUUGAAAAGCUUUUCCAAGUAGGAAUUCGUGGAACUGUUUUGAAAUGGCUCUCAUCUUAUCUGUCCAAUAGGACUUUUUCCGUCCGCUGUAAUUCUGCUGACUCUUCCUUCUACUCAGCAACUAGUGGUGUGCCACAAGGUGGUGUAUUGUCCCCUGUACUUUUCAAUAUUUACACAAGUGACCUUCCUGAACUCUUAACUACAGACUGCAGAGUUAAGGUUAUGGCCUAUGCUGAUGACAUUAAAGUGUUUGCAUCCUAUGUUGAUGCUGAUAGAGUACUAGCGAGCGCGAAGGAACCUGCAGCGCAACAGAAUUCAUAUGUAUGCCGUCUAGGGAAAUGUGUGCAGGUCAAAACUGCAGAGCUAAGACAACAAGGAGUGCGAAAGAGUUUCGCUAACAGAGGAGAAUGCGAAAAGAAUUGCCGCUCCCACAAUUAGUAUCACCAAGGCAGAUGCAGGAGAUAAAUUAUAAAACGAAGAUCAACCUUCCUCAUUGCCUGUUUUUCUUUG